AUGGCCACAGACCGCAACUACCGAAACCUGCUCGCUCAUUUGCACGAUCCAUCGACAAAGCUAGCGCUACCAGCGAUCCAGGCGGCGGUAGCACACUACAUUGCGAGCCUCGAACCGGCCCCCACCCCGCUCGCAGCGAUUGUCGUCUCCAGCCCGUAUUUCCGUGCCUGCGAGCAGACCCAACUCGACGCGCUUUCGACUGCAUUUCGGCAUGCCGUCCACCUCAAAUACAAGGCCGCCGAGAACGAUCACGGUGGGGUAUUCUCGCCCGGUACCAAUGCGAGGAUGAACACGUGGGCGAAGGCGACUCUGGCCGGUCUGCAAGGCGGCCAUCCGCUCUUGCGCCUCGCUUGCGCCGGGGGCUUGUUGCAAGGUCUGGACGAUACCAGGGUCCAGCUCGGGGGAGACGGAUCCGGUGCUCGUGGAAGAUCUGAGGCAGAGGUCGUGCUGGCGUUCGCAGCUGCCAUCGACCAGAGUCCAUCAAACGAUGCUUGGGCGGGUAGUUCGGAUGCGCCAAACACAGACGUAUCGCGUAAGGCGCUUACCCUAGCCUGCCGGUCUUUACCGCUGGUCUCGUCUCGCAAGAUGACGGCAUUGCCUUUGGAUGUGGUUGCCGACCUGACAUCCUCCGAGAUAAUAUCCGCAUUUCAAUCCGGUCAUUUUAUGGCCUCGCUUCCUCGCGCUUCCAGCCGAACGCCUGCAACUGCCACAAGGGUAUGCCAUUUGAUCCUUACAGCAUCUCUUUCAACGGAAGAGGCCCGGCGCCUGCUAUCUAGCUCAGAGUUCGCCGCAGUUGCACCUCUGUCAAAACUAUGCGCGCGUUCGAUCUCGCUUCUUGCGGAUACCCGCCCACAAACGUCGUGGGGCGUAAUGGCUCAUGUUAUCGACAAAUUCCGGUCUGCUACGGAACAGGUCGACGCUUAUUGGCGGAAUAUUGUGCUUCAGACCAACCCGCAGCACCAGAACGCUGUUCCUGAUGCACGUGAAGCGGCAACAUCGGCUUGGACCGUUCUCAAGACUCUCCUCUUCUCCGUCGUCAUGAUUUCCGACGCCGUGCUCGUGUCCGCAACGUACACCCCGCCGUCGUCCUCGUCCUCGUCUUCUUCAAACUUCCAACGCCCGACACCACCUUCCCUGGCUCUUGCGACGUCCACUCUGCGGACUCUCGGUAACCUCUCGUUCGUCAUCUCUCAAUUCGGAGGCAUCACCUCGGAACAGGGCGGGUUUGCGGAGCUGAAGAAGGUGGUGUAUCUCGCGCUUGACAUUUUGGCGACGGAUCCGGCGGAAAGUCAAGCCUUUGCCCGCGCCAUGGCCGAACCCGUUCAGGAAUCAUCUUCCGUAGGAGUAUCUUCGGACUGUACACCGAGGGAGCGGGCGGCCUUCGUGCUCGCUAUGCUGGAGCAGCUAGUACCAGCGCUCUCUGAUGAGAGUUUGCAAGAUGUAGUGUUCCCUGUCGCAUUCCCUUACCUCGACGAUUCCGCGCAUCGGGAGAUCUACGAAGCAGCCCAUUCUGUGACUCUUGCGAUCUUUGCCGCUCGUGGGCGGCCGCCCGCAGAGGUGACGUCGCAAGCGAGUUCUGAGCCAUCAAGCGAACGAUUCGCAGACCGUCUUGUCCCCUUCUACUCGGAGUGUCUGUUAUCUAACUGCUCAGAGGGACAGCUAAGUAUAGCGCAACUGCGGCUGGCGUACGCUGCCCUGGUUAAAGGUGCCGGUGCAUCCCCCACGAAGGGCGAUAUCCUCGCCCAAUAUUGCGUCGAUCAGCUACUCGAGAAGAUCCACUCGCUGCCCGCAUCGUCGCCCUCGGGUUCUCAGGGACAACAGCAGACGUCGCAUCGUCUACACCUCACGCUCGUUGCGACUGUUUCGUCGCUGCCUUAUUCUCUGCUGGGGGGUGUUCUGGAGAGCAUCGGAUCGAUAAUUGCUCCCUUACCGAACGUCGACGGGACGAAGGCCGAGCUAAUAGAAGCGCUAUAUAAUCAAUUACUGGAGGUCGGUGACAGGGAGAAGGCGCUGGCUAUGGCGUGGUGGCACUCUAACAGACGUCGUCUCUACGACGAUCGUGCAUCCGAACAUCAAGACACGCGUGUCGAGACUUCCACGGCUGAAAACAUCCACGCCCGACUAUGA